AUUGAGCCCCUUCUACACUUUGUUUUCAACCUUCUUCCCUCCUUUUUGCUUCUCUUCUUCUGCUGCACCACUCCAUCUCCAAGUCUUCACCUUUUCAUUAUUUUAAUUCUCAUCAUUACCCCAUUACUCUAUCCCCUCCCUUUUCUUCUCCAAACUCACCACUCCUCCUCUCUGCUUCUUACUUUUCCUGAAGCUCCACGUUGAAGAUGAUGAGGACUGUGAGCUUUCUUCUUCUAUUUCUCUUACUGGCUCAAUUCCUCUCUUCUGGUACUUCAAGUAGGCCAGGGAAGAAGAAGGAAAAAGAACUCGAGCAUGUGAAUUAUGUACCAGAAGAUCAUCAUCAUCAUCAUCAACAAGCUAGCAGACAACUUUCUACUACCAAUAGGGACAUUACCACUCCAAUCACUACAGUUCCAAACUUAGUUCCCACCACACCAACAUCUCCAACUCCAAUCUUGAACCCUAAUUCUAACCCAGAUGUCACAGUCUCUCCGGCCAACACAAUCCCCAUUACUUCUACAAAUUCCCCACCAUCUUCUUCUUCUUCUUCUUUAGGUUCAAGUUGGUGUGUUGCUACACCAGCAGCCUCACAGACUGCUUUACAGGUUGCUCUGGACUAUGCUUGUGGUUUUGGUGGAGCUGAUUGUACUGCAAUUCAACCAGGAGGGAGAUGUUAUAACCCUAAUUCUGUUAGGAACCAUGCUUCUUAUGCUUUCAAUAACUAUUACCAGAAGAAUCCUGUGCCCAAUAGCUGCAAUUUCGGUGGAACUGCUGUUAUCACUAGCACUAACCCAAGUACAGGGACAUGUGAAUUUCCAUCCACAAGCACAAGCUCAUCAAUCUUAAACACAACAAACUCAGUGGGUGCUAAUGUGUUUGGCUCUGUUCCAGUCCCUUCUUCCUGUCAAGCUCUCACAUCAAACAAUGGCUUCUCACAAAUUCAACUCAUCACUCUGUGGCUACUCACUUCAGUCUUGGCUGCCAAGUUUCUCUAAAAUAGAUCCAUACCGCGCUCAGCAAUUAAGUUUUGCCUCUUAAGAAAUACAAAUUAACAAUGGUUUCAAAAAGAGAGAUAGAAAAAAUAAAAUAAAACCCAUUUCACAUGUGAAUCCCUGUGUGCGUGUGCGUGUAUGAGAGAGAGAGAGAGAGACAGAGAGAGAGAGAGAAUUGUUCCCAUUUCUUUAUCUCUCUUGGUAGAGAGAAUUUGGGUCCAACAACACGAUCAAGAAGACAUAGAUUAUAUAGAUAGAUACCUCCUCUAGAAAAAGAGAAACAAGCAAUAUGAUGGACAUUUGUAUAAAUUUACACGAGUAUACAAGUAUUCUUGUUUGUAGGUGUAAAUUUUGUUGAUUAUAAAUGAUUAUAUUAUUAUUGUCUUUU